AUGUCAUCCCUUCGAAAUGUAGUCAAGCGUCGUGAGCAUAAGGAACGUGGACAGCUACGUGAACGUCGUAAAUUGGGUCUACUUGAAAAGCAUAAAGAUUAUGUAAAGCGUGCACGUGACUACAAUCAAAAGCAAAAAUAUCUAACCACAUUGCGACUAAAAGCAGCACUACGCAAUCCCGAUGAGUUUGAUCGUCGUAUGGUUAAUACAAGGACAGAGAAUGGUGUGCACGUGUCAACACAUAAUCAUGUUAAGCAGGUGGAUACAGAGGCGUUACGUACAUUAAAGACGCAGGAUCUGGCGUAUUUGCACAUGAAGCGAGCUAUGGACCUGCGCAAAGCUGAAAAACUUAACCGAGGGCUGCACUUUGUAGAUGCAUCGAAGACAAACAAGCACAUUGUCUUUGUUGACAAUGAACAGCAAGUGGAAACGUUCGACGUGGCGCAGCACUUUGAUACAGUGCCGGAACUAGCAAAUCGAGCGUUUAACCGCAUACGUAAGCGGGAUUUAGAAACGGUGGAGUUGCCCGACUUUGCAGCUACUCGGAAGCAGAAAUACAAGAUGCAGGUUGAGAAGGACGCGAUGUACAGAGAGAUGAGAGACCGUUUGACACGCGCCAAAAAGAUUGGACUCAUGAGUGCCAAACUGGAUUUGGAACGUAAAGUGCAGGCCAAAGGCAAGAAGAUGAAGGUGAAGAAUGCCGAAAACGGACUGCCCGCGGUGUAUCGCUGGAAGCAGCAACGACAAAAGUAA